AUGUCACCGAGUCACCAUGAAUCGCACACCCCCAGCUACGGCAAUGAUUCUUGGGCAGGACUCGGUACCUAUACACAAUCAGGACAGCAACAUGGCAAUGGAGGACAAAACGCUUAUCAUGGAUAUGACUACACGACCUCGACGCCAAUGCCUCUGGAACCAAGCUAUCCAAUGUCCCGACCUCCACCAUAUGCUACACCACAGCACAGUCAGAUGCCACCACCAUUGAUAAUGCCCCAUGCCGCUGUCUCGACUCAAACGCCUGUUUCAGCAACGAGCAUGAGCUCUGAUAUUACCCCAACUAGCGCUAAAGCAUCGAGCUCACGUCGUAAGCUCACCGACGAUGAGAGGAGGUUGAUGUGUUUGGAAGCCGAAAACAAUCCCACGAUGAAGCAGACCCAGAUUGGGGCUAAGUUCAAUGUUGAACGAAGGCAAGCGAGUCCUACUGUGUCGAAAAUCCUGCGCCAGAAGGAGAAGUACAUGAAGGUCCAAGCGAAGGAGGAAGUGACCAGUCCAGGCAAGAAACCUAAAAUGAAGUUACCUGACGUAGAGAAGACGCUGGCUAAUUGGGCACGAAACCAACAGAAAAAAGGUCUUCUGCUAACCACUGAUGAGCUACGUAAACAAGUGCUAAUGUUCACCUCCGGAAGGACUGACCAGCAGGUCUACACAAGCACAGAAUGGCUGGAGAACUUUCAGAAACACCACCUACAUAGCACUUCCAGGACUACAAGCCGUGAAGAUACCGCAGAGACAAGCACCUCGCAUUCAGAAACACUAGAUAACUCGCCCAUUUCAGUGAAUGGGCUAGUAUCUCCUCCGAUAUCAGCAAUCGAAGAGUCAGCUCUCAGGUCCAACCGUGGCGGAGGUAUCUUCGACUUCGAUGUCGCCGAGUACGAACAGUCGCCGUCGCUCACACAUGGGUUCCCUUCUGACAGCAACUUGAGCUCGGGAGCACUCAUGAGUCCAGUAUCGCCUGAAUUGGGACGAGACUAUGUCUCUUCGAUGUUUGAAGACGAUGGCAUUGAAAUGUCUUCACGACAGAGGAGCAUGACUUUGCCACAACUAGUGGCAAUUUCAGCGUCAAGGCCUGGAUCUUCCCACACGAGCCUGCCUGCCUUGCCUGUACGCUCUGUGAGUAACGCCAACCAUCAGAAGCAAGUCUCGGUCGAUCCCAGGCAGACCAUGAAACGUCACAAGUCGGUGCCGGACAUUCACGAAGCAGAAGGAGUUCGUUAUUCAACCAUGCAACCGCCGCCACUUCCUCGAUCGGCUGACAUAUCACCCAUCAGCAUGCCCGGAUCACCAUCAUACCCAGACGACACCAUCAAAGCUCUACACAACAUCAAGAAAAUCUUGGAGCAACGACCUGAUGUUGCAGAGCCGGAUGACUACGUGAUGAUUGGUAAAUUAAUGGAAAAGCUGAAGCUGCUCAAAACUAGAAGUCCAACAGGCACACCUAUGCUACCUGGUGGCAUGCAUCACGUCGAGAUGAUGGAUAGUCCACGACUCUCAAAGAAGCGAACCAUGAUUGAGAUGUCAAUGUGA